AUGGCUCAAAUUUUUAACAUCUCAGAGCAGGUGAAGCUGAAUUGUUGUGGUGAAAAGUUCUAUGACUUUUUUGUAAACAAAAUGGAUUAUUAUGUUCACAUGUUCCCUCAAAGGCUUAAGAGCUAUAAGUUUGUGGAGGGAAAUGGCUUUACUCAUGGCAGUGUCACCCAUUGGAAAUAUGACUUUGGUAUCCCAGCAGAAGUAAAGACAAGGCUACUUGUGGAUGAACCUAACAAAGCAGUAAUUUUUGAAUGCCUUGAAGGAGAUCUGUUAAAAGACUUUGAAAUGUUCCAGGUGAAAGUUCAAGUUACAGAUGGUGGUAAAAAUGCUGUUAGUUCAGUUAAAUGGUCAGUGGAAUUUAUGAAGGCAAAUGAAGAUGUGGCUCCACCACAUAACUAUCUCCAAUUUGGAGUUGAUGUUUGCAAAGGCCUUGAUGCUUACCUUUCCAAAAAAUUAAUGAACUAAAAGAAGAGGGGAAA